AUGCCUAUCCUCAGCUACCUCUGCUCGUGGGUGAAGCCACGCCAAAGUCGCAGCGAUGAACCAUCAACUUCCUUCUCCUUUGGAAAGAAAAAAAGAACAAAGUUAGGCCUCGGCAAGACAGACGACCAAGAUCACCAAAGGUCAAACAUGAUCCGCAAAUCAUUGCAGAGCCGCACAUCCUCAAGAACGACCACUCGGCCUGAAGAUAACAACUACGACACGGAGGAAGAAGACAGCGGCACCAGCACAAGUCUGAGGACAGACUGGAAGGCUUAUGAAGCUGAUAUUCAACGAAACAAAUCAACCCUGAUGCGAAGCCAUCCUGGAGUCGACCGCACAAGGAUACAGACUCGUGCAGGCUCUUCCUCAUAUCGACCUCUACCACAGUCUUUUGGGUCCAGCUCCACGAACCCAUACUCUCCAGUUUCACCAACAAUCUCAGAAUCAACUUCUAGCCCAGCUUCACCUGGGUUUGGAAGAAUUUUCUGA